CCAAAGAUAACAACAAUUUUAGACAUGGAAUCAGCCCUCUCAGCCACUCCCUUAUCCUUUCCCAAAACCCUAAACCUCCAUUUGACCAACCCCAAAUGCCUUCUCUUUACCCCCGCCGCCUCCCUUUCCUAUCUCUCUCCUCUAAGGAUCUGCUCCUCCUCCAUUCCCAAACGAUUUCCCCGCCGUUUGGAGUGUCUUGGGAGUUCUGACGGCGGCGGAGCGUUUGGUGGCGAUGAUGGGAGCAGUGGCGGUAGCGGUGGCGGAGGUGGUGGGGAAGGAACGGGCGGCGGAGAUUCCGAGGCUAAAUUAGGAGCCAGUGCGGCCGAUGACCUUUCUUCCCUUUCCUCCGAUGUCAUUAUUCUCAAUGUUGGGGGGAUGACUUGCGGCGGGUGUGCUUCAAGUGUGAAGAAAAUACUAGAAAGUCAACCCCAGGUCUCUGCUGCAAGUGUUGAUCUAGCUUCGGAAACGGCGAUCGUGUGGCCUGUUUCCGAAGCCAAGGCCUUACCAAAAUUGGCAAAAGGAGUUGGGAGAGGCACUAGCUAAACACUUGACUACCUGUGGUUUCAAUUCUAACCUUCGAGUUGAGGAAGCUGUUGAAGGUGUCUCACCAUAGUUUCUUUC